CAUCCUGCUCGGCCCACGGUGCUGUCAUUUCGUUCGCUCUAUCUCGCCUCGCCGGUUGACCUCUCCUUUUCCGGGUAACUUUUGAAAAAUCGUCAUCAUGUCUGACUACGGGGAACACGACGCUGAGGAAACUUACGACUACGAGCCUGCCGAGCAGGAAUUCGAAGACAACGAGCCGGAAGACUUCCUCAACCCCGAAGAUGCCGACGGCGCAGAUGGAGGAUACGACGAUGAUUCGUAUGCGCCGGCCGUCAAUGGCGAUCGCGUCGUCGUCUCGGGCGACCCGAACGCGGGAUAUUCGGGCAAAGUGAUGGAACAGCAGCGGGAGAAGAAGGUGGCGAACGAUGAGCGCACGACGACCCCGUACAUGACCAAGUACGAGAGGGCGCGGGUGCUCGGUACGCGCGCUUUGCAGAUCAGUAUGAACGCCCCGGUGCUGGUGGAUUUGGAAGGCGAGACAGAUCCCCUGCAGAUCGCUAUCAAGGAGUUGAACCAGAAGAAGAUCCCUCUGAUCGUGAGGAGAUAUCUGCCGGAUGGAUAUUACGAGGACUGGACCUGCGAAGAGUUGCUUUGAGAAAAACGGGGGGUACCCAUUUCCAUUUCUAUGUCUUUUCUUUUAUUUCCUCCUUCAUCUGUUCAAUAUCUCGACCCUGCUUGAUUCAGUUUAGAUUAUUUGUUACUUUUUAUGCCUCUGUGCAGCAUAGCGUUUGGAGUUUGGAAAUACGAUAGCAGACCCGAUAUGAUCCUGGUUCAGACACAACCACCGGGGGGUCCGCUACUCUGUGGGAAGGAAAAUCAAAAAAGAAGUCAGUCUCAAGGGAGAACAAUGUGUAUACUGAUAUUGG